GGUGUAGCUGUGCGCCUUCCUGUCCGUUGAAAACCCAGAAGAUUGCCAUUUAUCAACAUGGAUUUAUGUUGUUUUAACAACUGACUUUGGUUUAACCGUGAGUUAUGACCUGGCACACAGCCCUUUGUAACCCUUUCUCCUAAAUACCAAGGGCAAGUAUGUGGGAUGUGUGGGAAUUUCAAGAGAGCCAACGACAGCAAUUCUAACGUGCAAAUCAGCUCCGGAGCAAAAACCCUUGAACCUUGCCAGCUUCUGGAGUUCAUCCACGAUCACAGGUAGCUUCGUGCCUCCUAGAUUGUUAAGGAACAUCUCAUCAUGUCUAAAUCCCUGUGCUGGAUCAUCCAGAAUGCUGAUGGGCCGUUUGCUUCUUGCCAUUCUCUGGUCGAUCCCGAACCCUAUUUCACGAAUUGCAUUUUGGAUCUUUAUGCAUCCGCUGGGGAUCCGAAAGUCUUGUGCCUUUCCAUUCAGACAUAUGUAGCAGCCUGCCAGAGAGCCAAUGUCACCUCAGGCCUUGGAGAAUUGGAUCAUUUUGUGAUCCAGAUUGCCCAGCCAACAGCCAUUAUGAACUCUGCCAGCCACCCUGCCAGGGUUUUUGUGCUGGGGCCACAUUUAUGCAUCUCUGCAACCCCAUGUGCGCUGAAGGAUGCGUCUGUGAUGCAGGAUACUUAUGGAGUGGGAACAAGUGCAUUCGUCAAGAGCAGUGUGGCUGCGAACACAAUGGCCGUUAUUACAAUGUUGGAGACCUUCUCUGGCUUUCUGAUUGCACAAAAAGGUGCAGCUGUGAGAAUUCGUCGGCCUUUCACUGCGUCCCAGCCAGUUGCAAUCCUGGCCAGCAAUGUGCAGUUCAGGAUGGAAAGCUGGGCUGUAAGAAUCAGCUGACCACUUGCACAAUUUCUGGAGACCCUCACUACUUCACAUUUGAUGGGGCCGUAGCCCAUUUCCAAGGCAGUUGUGCUUAUGAGAUCUCGAAGACACCCAACUCCUCCUUGGAUUUCUCCUUCCGGGUUGUGGCUACUAAUAAGAAUUUCCGGAAUCCCCGAGUAUCUUUUAUUUACCGAGUGGACAUUUGGCUUAGCUUCAAACAGUUCAGUUCUCACGUUGUUUUGGAACGAGGAAAAGCCGUGAAGGUUGAUGGGAGACCAGUUGCAUUGCCAGCAAAACUAGAGCACUUAGCCAACAUCACUAAAAGAAGCCAGAUGGUAACCGUAAGAACCCAUCCCAGUUUGGAGGUCCAGUACAAUGGCCGCCAUGCUUUGUUUGUUCGUGUGGGUCCUGAAUAUUGGGGGAAGCUGAGUGGGAUGUGCGGGAAUUUCAACGGCUAUCGUGAGGAUGACAAAGUCUUGCCUGAUGGGAAAAAUGCUAAAAAUGAUGCUGAAUUUGGAAAUGCUUGGAUGUCCAACAUCAGUCCCCCAAAAUGCACCAAUGACACGGGUGCUCUUGCACCCUGCACAAAUCACCUAGAAUUGAAGCAAAAGUGUGCAAUCCUCACAGAUCAAUCUGGGCCUUUCUCAGAGUGCCACUGGCACGAGGAACCUGAUCCCUAUUACAAUUCCUGCAUUUUUGAUCUCUGCCAGUACGGACAAGGCCACGACAUGCUGUGCGCGGCUAUCGAAACCUAUGAGGAGAUGUGCCAGAGUCUCGGGGUGCAGGUGCUCAGCUGGAGGGAAGAGCUGGGAUGUGCUAUUACCUGCCCACCCAAUGCUUACUACGAUUUCUGUGGCACAGCCUGCCCGCUCACUUGCGCCAACCACACUGCUCUCAUCGAAUGCCCCACAAUGUGCAUCGCAGGAUGCAUCUGUCUGGAGGGCCACGUCCUGAACGAAGGCGCAUGCAUUCCCCUGGGACAGUGCGGCUGUCGGCACAACGGCCGUGACUAUCAGCUGGGAGACGAGAUGGUCCUGCCAGACACCUGCAGAAAAAGGUGUUCUUGCAAACAACUGGCCGCCCUUUGGAGUGCCAGGAGCUUACUGUGGGCCUCGGGAGAUAUGCAAAACCGUGGGUGGCAUUUGGGACUGUUAUCCUGUGUUACGGGACUGUGGGUAUUUGGCUACUUUCACGUUAUCACCUUCAGUGGGGCGGCCUUGAGCUAUCAAGGACCAUGUACAUACAUCCUCACCCAAUAUUGUGGCCCACCCGGAAAGCUACCUGCAUUCACCAUCCGCAUAGUAAAUGGGCACAGAUAUUCCAUUGCAGCAUCUUGGACUAGGCAACUUACGCUGGAUGUCUACAGGGAACACAUUGUUGUAAAAGAAGGACAGGAAGGCAAAGUGCAGGUCAAUGGCCUAUGGAUGAAUCUGCCUGUUAUCCUGGCUUCUGGGAAGCUCCAUGCCUAUUACAGUGGAUCGUCCGUCAUCGUUCAAACUGAGUUUGGUCUCUCCAUCUCCUACGACUGGUCUUCCUACGUGUCCGUUUCUGUUCCUGAGACUUAUUCUGGUUUCCUCUGUGGUCUGGGUGGAGAUUUCAUUGAGAACCAUUAUCAGGACUUCAGGACUCCCAACAGUUCUAUAGUUCACGCUAGAAGCAUUUUUGGCAGCAAUUGGAAGAAAAUUGAUUCCCCUUCCUUUUGCACAGUGGUGGACAUUUCAGCCAUCUGCAAUGAAACUCAACUAGCCCUCUUCAGAUCCCAGAAUUACUGCGGGGUGAUCAGCGAUAGAGAUGGGCCGUUUAAAGAAUGUGGCAACCUUACGGGUUUUCAAAACCACGUUGAAAACUGCGUCAUGGAACUUUGCGCACAUCAGGGGGCUCGCAAGACACUGUGUGAAGCUCUCCAAAGCUAUGCUUGGCAAUGCCAGGUUCGCGGCAUCAAUAUUCAGCCUUGGAGGGAAAUGACGGAGUGCGAGUUGACCUGCCCACCAAAUAGUUAUUACGAGCUUUGUGGCUCCCCCUGCCCCGCCUCUUGCACCCAACCUGCUGGACCUCCAAGUUGCUUCCAGAGCGUGUGCGUAGAAGGAUGCCAGUGUGAAGCAGGGUUUGUGCUGAGUGGCAUCGAUUGUGUGCCGUGGGAACAGUGUGGCUGCAGCUACAACGAACGGUAUUACUUUAAAGGGGAAAUCUUCUUCCUGGAAGCAGAAAGUUGUCGAAAAAGGUAUCACUGUGAUGGCGCCAUCUCUGCCAUGGAAGCUGAUGGGUCCUUCUGCGGCCCGGAACAAUUCUGUGGUACUCGGAAGGGAGUAUUUGGCUGCCACAACUUGCCAGAUGGCAUCUGUCAAGUUUCUAAGUUUCUCCACUAUACCACCUUUGACGGGCAGCAGUAUAACUUCCAAGGUAACUCCACGUAUGUCUUGGUGGAACUGUGCCCGACGUCCAAGACUUCACCUUUCAGGGUUGAGGUGAAGAACGAGAAGCUGCCCAACAGCCCUUUAUCUGUGCUGUCCAAGGUUAUUGUAUCAGUGAACGAUACUCAGAUAUACCUGCAGAGGGAAGAUCGAGGAACAGUCAAGAUUGAUGGAGUGAUAGCAAACCUUCCGGGUCAAAUCCAGGCUUUAGGAAUCGCCAUGUAUCAACACGGCUUUUAUACCGUUUUAAAAACAGAGUUUGGUUUAAUAGUGAACUAUGACCCGGGUCACAAUCUCUUUGUGACACUUUCCCCUGAAUAUCGGGGCCUGACUUGUGGACUAUGUGGGAACUUCAAUGAACUCAUGGAGGAUGACUUUAGGAUGAGAAAUGGCUCAGCUACAGAGGACAUACUGGACUUUGUCCUGAACUGGACAUCAGAAACCAAUCUUGCCGAUACUGGCGAAUCGGUUGCCUUUAUCCCCAUGUUGGAACAAGGAGAAGACCUCACUCGUUUUAAAUCUCUGUGCUGGAUCAUCCAGGAUCCAGAUGGGCCAUUCGCUUCUUGCCAACUCCAGGUUGAUCCACUGUCCUUCUUCACAGGCUGCAUUUUCGACCUUCAUGCCUCCUCUGGAGACCAAAGCACCCUAUGCCACUCUGUUCAGAUAUAUGUUGCAGCUUGUCAGAGAGCCAAUGUCACCAUCUCACCUUGGAGGAGAGGAGACUUCUGUGGCCUUGAUUGCCAGACUAACAGCCACUAUGAACUCUGUGGGGUUCCCUGCCAGGAUGUCUGCUCGCAUGUUUGGGUCAAGAUUCAUUGCCUUCCCACGUGCUCUGAAGGAUGCUUCUGUGACCACGGGCAUUCACACAGCGGAGACAGUUGCAUUCCAGAACAGCAGUGUGGCUGCAUAUACAAUGGGCUGAAUUAUAAGAUUGGGGACCGGGUCUGGCUACCUGGUUGCCACGAGCAGUGCAGUUGUUACGGCCCCUCUGAUUUCCGCUGCGUUGCUGCCAGUUGUAAUCCUGGACAGAUAUGUACUGUGAAGGAUGGGAAAGUAGGCUGUCACUCCCCCUGGGGAACCUGCACAGUGAGUGGGGACCCUCAUUACGUCACUUUUGAUGGGUCGGUGGCACAUUUCCAAGGCACCUGUGCCUACGAGAUCUCAAAGCUUUGCAACGCCUCUUCUCCGUUCUUCUACCGGGUUGUGGCACAGAAUCAGCAUCGGGGAAACGCUCGGGUGUCUUUCGUAACUCGAGUGGAAAUCAUGCUGAAGAGCGGCGUGCUAAGCUUUCAUAUUGUCCUAAGGAGUGGCCAUAUUGUAGAGGUCAACCAGGAAAUUGUGGAACUUCCCUAUACCCUGGAACUCACAGGCUUCAUUUCCAAGAUAAAAAACAUGGUGAUUGUAAAAUUAGCAGCAAAUGUAGAAAUCCAUUACAAUGGCCAACACACUCUGUUCAUCAAAGUGGGACCUGAGUACCAGCAGAAGCUGUGCGGGAUGUGUGGGAAUUUUAAUGGUAUUCUAGAGGAUGAUAAAGUGUUGCCCGAUGGAAGCAGAGCCCAGAACGAUUUGCACUUUGGCAAUGCCUGGAAAACCGAGACCAGCCCAGCAGGGUGUUUGGAUGACAAUUCCACCCUGGAGCCCUGUGAAAACCCGUGGGAAUACGAACAGCUCUGUGGGAUUUUGGUCAACCAAACGGGACCUUUUGCCAAGUGCUCCUGGCACGUGGAUCCUUCCCCGUUUUAUUUGGCCUGCCUGUAUGAUUUAUGCCACUACGGGAGGCAUAACAACGUGCUGUGCAUUGGCCUUGCAGCUUAUGAGGAAAUGUGCCUCCUUGAGGGAAUUCAGAUCCCAGGAUGGAGGGCUUCCGUUCAAUGCCCUGCCACUGACCCCUGCCUGGACUUGGCUUGUGGAGACAAUGAAUGGUGUGGGGAAAGGGGAGGAAAAUGGGGCUGCUUCUGCCAUAAAUCUUACAGCCCCACCGAAAGGGCUGACUACGAUUACCAGCUGACCUGCACGAGCAGCGGAAGCACAGUCUCUCUCUCCCGCUGCCUUCUUUUCACCGACGGAUUCCCUGCCGAGAGACUCCACUUGGCUGACCACAGUUGUAAGGGGUCCUUGGUGGGAGACAGACUCGUCUUUCACUUCGACGCGGUGCAGAAAACCUGUGGGACCCAAAUGGAGGUGAAUACAACCCAUGCUAUCUACACCAACGUGGUGCAGGGUCAUCUGGAGAACACCUAUGGUGGGACGAUCAGCCGAGAUCGGUUUCUUUUCCUGCGCUUCUCCUGUGCUUUCCCACUAAACAUCAAUCUCUCCAUGGCAUCCGUCAUUUAUCCCAUCCACGACAUCAUUAACAUGACCGUCUCCUCCGGCCAAGGACGCUACCAGGCCAUCAUGACCUUGUACCAAGACCCUGAGUACAGCAAACCGUUUGCUCAGAGCCCUAUUGUGCUCACGGUCAACCACAGGGCCUACGUGGGCAUCAAGAUUUUGGGAGCUGACCCCACCCGCUUUGUGGUCACCUUGUCCUCGUGCUGGGCCACGCCGGGGAGAGAUCCUUCCUCCAGCAUUCGGUGGGAUCUCAUCACCAACCAGUGUCCCAAUCCUCAAGAUGGCACCGUCCACGUGGAGGAGGAUGGAGUAUCUCUGUUGGGACGCUUCUCCUUCAGCGUUUUCACCUUCAUCGCGGAUUCUGAAGAAGUGUACCUGCACUGUCGCAUCCGCCUCUGCAACUUCUGGAUGGCCAAAUGCACCCUGAACUGCCAUUCUCCAGGCUCUGCGAUUUUGGGAAGGAAACCUCCAUCAGCCAUCAUCUCAGCUGGUCCUUUCUUGAAGUACAGUAGCAAUUUGCUAGAUCCCGCACUUUAGUGUCCUGGUGGAAUCCCUGCUAACUUCUUUUCCUGGGAACAUGGAUGGAUGGAUGGAGAUGACAGACAGGAGGAAGACACUGUUCACAGAGAGAUUUCAUCCUGGAAUAGUCUCAGUUGGAUCAAUGAUGAGUAGAGAACAUGAUAAUUCAGGGUGUGGAAAAGGGCGGGGUGAUGCCAGGACAAAGGUGUCUCAGACCCUGAUUAUUCAGUGGCUGAAUGUAUGUAUAAUUAAAGUUGUAACAUACACAA